AUGCCUUCCUCGGCGUCCCUUCUCACCUUGGCUACGGCCGUCUCGUCGGCGGCCGCUGCCUUCCAGGGCUUCAACUACGGCAGCACCUUCACCGACGGUAGGGUCAAGACCCAGCAGGACUUUGAGGCCGAGUUCAAGACGGCUGCCAGCCUCGAGGGCACCAAGGGUGGCUUCACCAGUGCCCGCCUCUACACCAUGAGGCAAGGCGAUAGCGAUACCCCCAUCUCGGCCAUUCCUGCUGCCAUUAGCACCAAGACCAGCCUGCUCCUCGGUCUCUGGGCCUCCGCCGGUGAGGACUUGUUCAAGAAGGAGCUGUCGGCUCUCCAGAACACCAUCAAUGAGUACUGCGGCAAGCUCGACGGCCUCGUUGCUGGCAUCUCGGUCGGCAGCGAGGAUCUCUACCGCAUCUCACCUAUUGGUCAGGCUGCUAGCCCUGAUCCUGGUGCCAGCCCUGACACGCUGGUCAGCUACGUCAAGCAGGUCCGCGAUACCAUCAAGGGCUCUUGCCUGCAGGAUGCCCCCAUCGGUCACGUCGAUACCUGGACUGUCUACGUGAACGAGACCAACAAGCCUGUCAUUGACGCCAUCGACUGGGUCGGCAUGGACGCCUACCCCUACUACGAGAACACCAAGCCCAACGAGCUCUCCAACGCCAAGAGCCUGUUCCAGGCCGCCCUCGACAAAACCAAGGGCGCCUCGGGCGGCAAGCCCGUCUGGAUCACCGAGACGGGUUGGCCCGUCAGCGGCGACAAGUCUGGUGCCGCUGUCCCCUCCACUGAGAACGCCAAGGUCUUCUGGGACGAGGUCGGCUGCCCCAUGUUCGGCAAGACCAACGUCUGGUGGUUCACUCUCCAGGACGGCUCUCCGACCACCCCCAACCCUGCCUUUGGUGUCAUUGGCUCUGAGCUCACGAAGAAGCCCCUCUACGAUCUCUCUUGCGACAACAUCGACCCGUCGCCCUCGUCAACGAGCCAGGUCAGCAGCAGCUCUCAGGCCUCAUCCACCGCUGUUCCCUCUGCCAGCUCCAGCGCCCAGACUGAGCAGCCCUCUGCUACCACGUCUGGCUCCGGCUCCGGCUCCGGUUCAGCUUCCGAGAGCGCUCCGGCUGCCACGACCACGGCUCAAGGCGGCAACGACUCCUCUUCGGCUGCCCCCACGACCGUGAGCACUGCCGUCGUCCCCCCUCCCGCCGGUGGUAACUCGUCCUCCGCUGGCGGCUCCGUGCCCACCGGCACAAACCCCGGCGCCAGCGGCCAGCCAACUGGCGCUACCGGCACGGGUGCCCAGCCGACCGUAUCGCCUUCCGAGAUCCCGCAGGCUGCGGCCGGACGUGUCAACUCGUUCGGCGCCGCCGCGGUGGCUGUUGUCAUGGCCGCUGCCGUCAUUUAA